CACCACGACUUUGAGAGAGCGCGGAGGGAACUAUCCGCGAGAAGGUGGUGGUGGUGGAAGAAGAUGGCGGUGAUGGGGCCGAGUGUGCACUAUUUCUGAAUAAGGGUAGUCCAGGAACUAUUGGGAGCCAUGGCGUCCAACUCGACUAAGUCUUUCUUGGCAGAUGCCGGCUAUGGCGAACAGGAGCUGGAUGCUAACUCUGCCCUUAUGGAAUUAGACAAAGGUCUAAGAUCUGGCAAACUUGGUGAACAAUGUGAAGCAGUUGUUCGCUUUCCCAGGCUCUUUCAAAAGUAUCCAUUCCCUAUUCUCAUCAAUUCUGCAUUCCUAAAGUUAGCUGAUGUUUUCAGAGUUGGAAACAAUUUCCUGAGACUCUGUGUUCUUAAAGUUACUCAACAAAGUGAGAAGCACUUGGAGAAGAUUCUAAAUGUGGAUGAAUUUGUGAAGAGAAUUUUCUCUGUGAUUCAUAGCAAUGAUCCUGUAGCAAGAGCCAUCACACUCCGGAUGUUGGGGAGUCUGGCAUCAAUAAUUCCUGAGAGGAAGAAUGCUCACCAUAGUAUUCGUCAGAGUCUGGAUUCACACGAUAAUGUAGAAGUUGAAGCUGCUGUUUUUGCUGCUGCCAACUUUUCUGCACAGUCAAAGGAUUUUGCUGUGGGAAUCUGUAACAAAAUCAGUGAAAUGAUUCAAGGCUUAGCCACACCAGUCGACCUGAAGCUGAAGUUGAUCCCAAUCCUGCAGCACAUGCACCAUGAUGCCAUCCUGGCCUCCAGCGCUCGUCAGCUUCUGCAGCAGCUGGUCACCUCCUAUCCUUCCACCAAAAUGGUGAUCGUUUCUCUGCACACUUUUACUCUGCUGGCAGCUUCGUCUCUGGUGGAUACUCCUAAGCAGAUCCAGCUUCUCUUACAGUAUUUGAAGAAUGACCCCAGGAAAGCAGUAAAGAGACUUGCUAUUCAAGAUCUGAAAUUACUUGCCAAUAAAACACCACACACGUGGAGUAGGGAAAACAUUCAGGCCCUCUGUGAAUGUGCCCUCCAGACUCCUUAUGACAGCUUGAAACUGGGGAUGUUGUCUGUCCUGUCCACACUCUCAGGGACCAUUGCAGUCAAGCACUAUUUCAGCAUAGCUUCAGGAAAUGUGGGUUCUUCCCCCAGAUCCUCUGAUUUAGUCAAAUUAGCCCAAGAGUGCUGUUACCAUAACAACAGAGGCAUUGCAGCUCAUGGAGUCAGAGUCCUCACUAAUAUAACCGUCUCUUGUCAAGAAAAAGACCUAUUAGCACUGGAGCAAGAUGCUGUUUUUGGCCUGGAAUCCCUUCUGGUACUUUGUAGUCAAGAUGACAGUCCAGGUGCUCAAGCCACUUUAAAGAUUGCUUUGAAGUGUAUGGUGAAGUUGGCCAAGGGCAGACCCCAUCUCAGCCAGUCCGUAGUUGAGACCCUGUUGACUCAGUUGCACAGUGCCCAGGACGCCGCCCGGAUCCUGAUGUGCCAUUGCCUGGCCGCCAUUGCCAUGCAGCUGCCCGUGCUGGGCGACGGGAUGCUGGGCGACCUCAUGGAGCUCUACAAGGUCAUCGGACGGUCAGCCACAGACAAGCAGCAGGAACUUCUGGUGAGUCUGGCCACUGUGAUUUUUGUUGCCAGUCAGAAAGCACUAUCUGCUGAAAUAAAGGCAGUCAUUAAGCAGCAGCUUGAAAGCGUCUCCAAUGGAUGGACUGUGUACCGAAUUGCCAGACAGGCAUCCAGAAUGGGUAACCAUGACAUGGCCAGAGAGCUCUAUCAGAGUUUGCUGACUCAGGUUGCUUCAGAACACUUCUACUUCUGGCUAAACAGUUUGAAGGAGUUCUCACAUGCAGAACAGUGUCUCACUGGGUUGCAAGAGGAGAAUUAUAGUUCAGCACUUUCUUGCAUUGCUGAGUCUUUAAAAUUCUACCACAAAGGGAUUGCAUCCUUAACAGCUGCCAGUACACCACUGAAUCCUUUAAGUUUUCAGUGUGAAUUUGUAAAACUCCGGAUUGACCUUCUGCAAGCCUUCUCUCAACUUAUCUGUACUUGUAAUAGUCUAAAGACAAGCCCCCCUCCUGCAAUCGCCACAACAAUCGCUAUGACGUUGGGAAAUGAACUGCAGAGGUGUGGUCGCAUCUCUAAUCAGAUGAAACAAUCUAUGGAAGAAUUCCGAAGCCUUGCUUCCCGAUAUGGGGAUCUUUAUCAGGCAUCUUUUGAUGCUGAUUCGGCAACUUUGAGGAAUGUAGAGCUACAGCAGCAGAGCUGUUUGCUGAUGUCUCACGCAAUAGAAGCUCUGAUUUUAGAUCCAGAAUCUGCAAGUUCCCAGGAAUAUGGAUCCGUAGGAGCAGCCCAUGCUGAUAGUGAAUAUGAGAGAAGAAUGAUGUCUGUAUAUAAUCACGUCUUGGAGGAGGUGGAGUCACUCAAUCGGAAAUAUACCCCUGUUUCUUAUAUGCAUACAGCAUGCCUCUGCAAUGCCAUCAUUGCUUUGCUGAAAGUUCCUCUUUCAUUUCAGAGAUAUUUUUUCCAGAAACUGCAAUCCACCAGCAUUAAGCUUGCUCUGUCGCCAUCCCCCCGGAACCCUGCAGAGCCCAUUGCUGUCCAGAACAACCAACAGCUGGCGCUGAAGGUGGAGGGAGUGGUUCAGCAUGGAUCUAAACCAGGACUGUUUCGAAAAAUCCAGUCUGUCUGUCUGAAUGUUUCUUCUACGCUACAAAGUAAAUCGGGACAAGAGUUCAAGAUACCCAUUGACAAUAUGACCAAUGAAAUGGAGCAGAGGGUUGAGCCUCAUAACGAUUACUUUAGUACACAAUUUCUUUUGAACUUUGCUAUCCUUGGAACACACAACAUUACUGUGGAAUCUUCCGUGAAGGAUGCCAAUGGUAUCGUAUGGAAGACGGGCCCCAGAACUACCAUAUUUGUCAAGUCCUUGGAAGACCCCUAUUCCCAGCAAAUUCGCCUGCAACAGCAGCAAGCCCAGCAACCAUUACAACAGCAGCAGCAACGAAAUGCCUACUCACGGUUUUAACCACAUGACAAAUGCACUGCAGACUUUACGGCCAUUGAUUAAAUUGGCAAAAGUACUUUGCAUUUUCAUAUGGAUUAAGAUAUGAAAGUUAUAAUGUGGAGGCCAUUUACUCCUUGGUUUCUGUAAUGUAAUAUUCUAAAAAUAUAUAGGGCUUUUUUCUUUUUCUUUUCCCCCCUUACAGAUUUCUCAUUUGAGAAAAAUUGGAUUCCUUAACCAAAAAGAUUAUUUUCCUUGUUCCUUUGACCAGGUCCCUUAUCCCAUAUUUAACAUAUUCAUUGUUUUAUUAUUCUUUUUAGUGUGGUUGAGCCUUUUCUUUGUCUUUUACGUCACAUAUUGGGAUCAUUGAAUUAGUAAAUUUGACUGCUCCUCUACCAAAAUAUGUCAUUUAGCUGCCUGUGAUUCUGAGCUACUCCUUGGGGAGUUCUGGCCAGUACUGACCCGUGGUGGUAAAGACUGAGCCCUCCCAUUGAUAGACGUGGAAGUGUCUCCUGAACCAUCAGCCUUCUGGAAAAUGAGAGCAGGCAGACGAACAGCGUGGACACAUAUAUCAUUUCAACUCCUUAUCUGUCUGUUCUGUGCUAAAGCAAACUUAAUUUAUUGUUUUAGUAUUUAAUUGAACCAAAGUGCAGCUAAAAAUGACAGACAUAUUGGAGAUUAAUAAUUAGUUUUUUUCUAAUAUGUGUGUGAUUGUGUAGACUUUUUACAUUGUUUCUAAGAGUGAAAAAAUCACUCACAUUUAAUACCUUCAUGUUUGAAGGUAGGAGGGCAGAUCUUUGGUUUAGUUUCUUCUUGGCAUGGUAUGUAAUGCUAGACUUGAUUGUCUAGAAAGAACGGUCUCUUUAACACAAUCUCAAUUAUUUGGGAUCCUCGGGGAAGAGAAAUUUCCUGGUUAGCCAGAAAACCCCUUUUUUUCUAUUUCAAUACUGGUUAAAAACAUUAUAAAAUCUAACAGUGAUAUACUUUCUUGUCUUAACACAGUAUACUAGAUAUAAUUUACCUGUUCUUUCUGGAUUUGGGAUCAUUCAGUUCUUUGGGAUCAUGAUUUCUGAACAGUGGGGAUCACAGCAUCGCAGAUAUUGAUGAUAUAUGAGCAGUUGGGUUCGGAGUAGCUCCUAAGAUGAAGCAGGCACAUUCCUUGGAAAUUUCUUUUUUAAAUAAAUAUCUCAGUUUCUUUG